GAACUGUUACCAGGGAACGGGACCCCCAGCUCCCCUUGGGGGCGGCAACGCCGCCCCUUAACAAAGUCCAGCCUCCCACAGGCUUAUACCGCCGGCCCCCACUGCUGUCACUGCUGCUGCCGCUGCUGGGCGUGAUAAGCCAUCUCAGCUAGGGCCAGGCUGACCAGAGGACAUCGUUAGCAUUAGGGACUUAGGGGCCACGAGGAGUCAGGGGAACCAGAGUGUUAGGGCACCAGGAUGCUUGCAGAGCUGCUGAGUCAGGAUUAGGGGAACAAAAGCCUGGAAUACAGAAGACCUUGGCCUGGUGAAGGCAGAUUGAGGGCAAGACAGAAAUCUGGGCCACGGUAUCCUCAUCACGGAAGUGCCUUGGGAAACCUAAGGAAGAAUCCUACUGGGUCUACAGGCUGUAUCUUCCUCAUGUCCUACCCAGAUCACCGCUGCAGCCCCUCAGCUCCCAGGAGACUGCUCCGAUUCUCCAUCCCCACGCCGACCUCAUCGAUGGCUGACUGCAAAGACGUGUGAAGACGAGCUUAGACCCCAGCACCCUGAGCCCCUAGAGAGCCUGGUGCUAGAGGACUGGGUGUCUUCUUGGCCGGCCUCCCAUAUCCACACCACCACAGUCUUGCUCUCUCAACCACAGCUGGCCUCAGAGAUACUGGUCCUGACUCCACUAGGUCUCUAAUCCCUGGUCUCGCCUCCCUAGUCUCUCCAAGGCAAUGUUGCCUCAAAACAAGGACCAGGUGCCACUACAGAACGCAGUGGCCCCUGGGUGCUCCCCUCAAGGCUUCCCGAAACUGCAACUUGUGGACCCCCCUCCCUCCAACCUACAGCCUCCCUCUCUCCAGCAGUCACUCUCUUCCUCUCGCCCACCUUUCUCCUCAACCCCUCAAUCCCAGCACUUCUUGUCCCCUCCCCCCCAGUCCCACUCUCCCGGCUUCCAUUUCUACUCUUCUGACUCAAAUUCCGAGUUCGUGCCACCUCCCUACUCCUCCUCUCUCCCAAGUUCUCCAUCGUUCUUUCACCAGACCCACCUGUCUCCCCCCUCCUCUCCCUCCAACCACCAGCUCUAUCCCUCUCCUCCUCUCACACCCUUCUCCUCACCCACACAGCCACAGAACUCUGUUCCCCACCCUCGUUGCCCGUCAGCUGCUCGCCCCGACAUACCUAGCCCCUCGCUCACCUCCCCAAGCCGCAGCCUACCUUCUCCUGGGGUCCACUCUGAUAGGCAGUCAUGGCCCUGGCAUCAGUACAGGGACACCGGGUCCCCUGGGGUGGCGGGCGGGUGCGUGGCAAGCAAGAGGGACCCUGCAGAGUUCAGGGACCCGGGGGCCUUGGCCAAGGCCCUGGUGGUCCACCUGGGGCACCGCCGCAUCGCCCACGUCCUGCGGCUCCUGCUUUUGCAGCGCCUGUGGCUAGGCCGGUCCGGCCAGGCCCCCGUGGUGGAGUAUCCCAUAUGCCUGGUGUGUCUUCGGCCCCGCAGCCCCUCCUGCCCCAUCCCCAGGUACAGGACUGGACCCAGGCUGCUUGCCUUCCCCCAACUACUGCCCUGUGUGCAGGGCCAAGAGUCUGGACCACUCCGCAUAGGCAUCGGUUUCGGCCUCCGCCUGCCACGGGGCCAGGCCAGGGCCUUGCAUCUGUUGUCAGAAAGAACGCCGGAGGAAGUAGGGCCUCAGGGCAAGGCCUCUCAGGCCCGUGGGUGUCAAGUGCAGGCAUCUCGAGCCUCAGCAGCUCAAGCCCCAGCGGCUCAGGCAUGGGCAGGUGCAGCCCCAGGCACACGAACCCAGGCGGGCAGCCUCAGAUCUGCAGGCCCAAAUCGGUCACCAAACUCCACCAGGGGUUCCAGGCCUCCCCAUCACGCUCAAAAACAGGCCACUGCCUCUCCGAAGCCCAGGCCUUCCCCUGUUCCAAGGAGGUCUGCUUCUCCAAAGCCUACUCCCCAAAAGUCGCCAUCCUAGUUCCAGAGCCACGGAAGCUCUCUGGAGCACCCCCUUCCAACCCCACCCUCCCCGCCAGGUCGCAGAUCUCAGGGAGUCCUCGAGACACCCUGAAGGGCUGGCUGGCAGGAGGCCAGGUGUGCUCUCCUGCCCUGAACCCGGGGAACCCGUUGUGGAGUCUGCUCUCUCCUGGCUGAAGAGGACCCAGGGCCCUGGGGCCCAGUUCGGCCUGCCAUGUGUCCAAUAAAGCCUGACCCUGUGA